AUGGAUCAGCAGAAAUUCCUGCAGCAACUGCAGAUCGUCCUGAACCCCGCCCAGGGAAAUGUGAAGGAAGCGACGGGUAUCCUGCAGCGCGAAUUCUAUAACAAGCCGGAGUCCCUGGUUUUCCUCAUCCAGAUCGCUACUGGACAUGAGGACGCCAACUUGAAGCAGCUCGCCGCUGUCGAGGCUCGCUCCCUGGUGAACAAGCACUGGGUUUCUGUGCAGGCCGGCCAGAAGCCUCAAAUCCGCGAGCAACUGCUCCGUUCCACCCUUGGCGAGGGCUCUUCCCUCGUCCGUCACUCAAUCGCUCGUGUCAUCUCGGCUGCCGGCAGCACCGGCAACAAGGACGAGCGUGCCGUGGCCAUCUACAUCCUGUUUACCAUUCUGGAGACUCUGGGUGAGGGAUUCGAGGAGAAGUUCCAGGAUCUCUUCAACCUGUUCGGCAAGACCAUUGCGACCCAGAGAGUGAGGAAACUUGCCAUGCACCUUGAUUCGGAAGAGGAUGUGGGUCCCGUUAAGGCUUUCCAGCAGCUCAUCCCCUCCAUGGUCGCUGUUCUCAAGGAGUCGAUUGAUCAGACCCAGGAGGACCGUGUGAUGCAGGCUUUCGAAGUCUUCCAGACUAUUCUUGGCUGUGAUCCGGCCCUCUUGACGGUGCACCUCAAGGACCUCGUUGUCUUCAUGAACGAAAUCUCUGCCAACACUGAGGUUGAGGAGGAUACCCGUACCCAGGCUAUCAGCUUCCUGAUGCAGUGUGUCCAGUACCGCAAGCUCAAGGUGCAGGCUAUGCGUGUCGGUGAGCAGCUCACUCGCACUGCUCUCCACAUCGUCACUGAACUGGGCGAUACCUCCGUCCUUGAUGAUGACAUUACCCCGGCGCGCUCCGCUCUGGGUCUGCUUGAUAUGCUGGCCCAGAGCCUGCCUCCAAGCCAGGUCGUCGUGCCCCUCCUGCACUCUUUGGGCCAGUACUUCAACAACACCAACCCCGACUACCGUCGUGCCGGUAUCAUGGCUCUGGGUAUGUGUGUCGAGGGUGCCCCCGACUUCAUCAGCACUCAGAUGAAGGAGAUCUUCCCCAUGGUCCUCCAGCUCUUGGGUGACCCCGAGCCCAAGGUUCGUCAGGCCUCGUUGCACGCUGUGGCCCGUCUUGCCGAUGACCUGGCUGAGGACUUGAGCCAGGAGCACGAGAGGCUCAUGCCCUUGCUCUUCCAGAACCUCGCCAGUGCUAUGCAAGAGUACAAGGGCGAGGAAGAUGGCCCAACUAUUGAUAUCAUGAGGCCGGCAUCAGGUGAAUUAGUUCCUAUCUUGCACAAGCUGUUCAAGCACCCCGACUUCAGAAUCAAGGGCCUCGCUGCUGGCGCACUUGGCUCUCUGGCCUCCUCUGCCGGCGACUCCUUCCUGCCAUUCUUUGAUGAGUCCAUGCACUUGCUGCAGGAGUUUGCCACUGUCAAGGACAGCGAGGAAGAGCUCGACCUGCGCGCUAGCGUGACCGAUGCCAUGGGCGAGAUGGCCGCUGCCGCCGGUGCUGAGCGUUACCAGCCAUACGUCGAGCCGCUCAUGCGCGCAACCGAAGAGGCUCUGCACCUUGGUCACUCACGUCUGAAGGAGAGCACCUACAUCUUCUGGGGCGCUAUGUCCAAGGUUUACGCUGAGCAUUUCUCUGCCUUCCUCGAUGGUGUCGUGAAGGGUCUCUUUGCUUGUAUCGAGCAGGAUGAGACUGAUCUUGAAGUCUCUUUCGGCGAGGCUGCCAAGGACUUGGUCGGCCAGGAGGUGACGGUUGGUGGCCGCAAGGUCAAGGUUGCCAGCGCUGACGAUGACGAGCCUGUCGGCGAGGAUGGCGAGAUUGAAGACGUCGACCUCGAAGACGAAGAUGGCUGGGAUGACAUCACUGCCACCACUCCUUUGUCUCUCGAGAAGGAAAUUGCUGUUGAGGUCAUCGGUGACCUUGUUACUCACACCAAGUCCGCCUACCUGCCUUACUUCGAGAAGACCAUCGAGAUGGUGCUGCCCCUUGCUGAGCACCCGUACGAAGGUGUUCGUAAGAGCACUAUCAGCACCCUCCACCGCUCCUACGCCAUGCUCUUCGCCAUUGCCGAGGAGAACGGCCAGAUGGCUAAGUGGAAGCCUGGCCUGCCUCUCCAGGUCGAGCCUGCCAAGGAGGUCAAGAAGUUCGGUGAAAUCCUCAUGACUUGCACUAUCCGCAUGUGGACUGAGGAAGAUGAUCGGGCUACCGUCGCCGAUAUCAACCGCAACAUGGCUGAGAACCUGCGCUACUGUGGUCCUUCUCUGAUUGCCAACGAGACUACUCUCCACAACGUCAUCACGAUGGUCACCGAUAUCAUCACGAAGAAGCACCCUUGCCAGCUGGAGUUCAGCCCCGACGACGAUUCUAUCGACGCCGGUGAGGAGUCUUCUGAGUUUGACUGGGUCGUUGUCGACACUGGUCUUGACGUCGUUUCUGGUAUGGCUGCUGCCCUCGGUGAGAGCUUCGCCGAGCUCUGGAAGGUCUUCGAGAAGACUAUCAUCCGUUACGCCGGCAGCACUGAGUCUCUUGAGCGUGCCACCGCUGUCGGUGUUCUCGCCGAGUGCAUCAAUGGCAUGGGCGCUGCUGUGACCCCUUACACUUCUGCGUUCAUGAAGCUGCUUGUGCACCGCCUUGGUGAUGAGGAUCCUCAGACCCGCUCCAACGCUGCUUAUGCCGUUGGCCGUCUCGUUGAGCACUCCACCGCUCCCGAGAUCGUCAAGGAGUUCCCCACCAUCCUGAGCCGUCUCGAGGCCUGCCUGCACAUGGAUGUCUCUCGUCUUCAGGACAAUGCCACUGGCUGUCUCAGCCGCAUGAUCCUCAAGCACCGUGACAGCGUUCCCCUCAAGGACGUCCUCCCUGCUCUGGUCAAGCUUCUGCCCUUGAAGAACGACUACGAGGAGAACGACCCCUUGUACCGCAUGAUCUGUCAGCUGUACAAGUGGGAAGACCCUACCACCCGCGAGCUUACCCCUCAAUUCCUGCCCAUCUUCCAGUCUGUCCUCUGCGGUGACGAGGAUCAGCUCGAGGACGAGCGCCGCGCCGAGCUCGUUGAGCUUGUCAAGUGGCUGAACCAGAUGCAGCCCGGUGCUGCUCCUUGGGCUGAGCAGCUGUAAAGCUCACCCGACAUGAUGGCUUGACGAUUCAA